AUGAUGGCGUGCGAAAAUGUGCUUUUUCAGGAAUUGAAGCAAAACAAAAGUGCGAAGAACGUCGUGGAGAACAGCUUGAGCGCCAAGAAACAGAACCAGCAGCAAAUCAUUGCCGAAGCCGAACAACACAUGAGCAAAGAUCACCAGGCGCAUCUGGACUUCGAGCUUCGCAGGUUCAAACGACGACGCCUGCUGCAGUAUCAUCAACUCGAGCAAAAUCUUCUGCACGAAGUAUCUUUGAUGUGGUUUGGCUUCGAUUCUUUAGCGCUUUGA